AUGGAUCAAAAUAGUUUCACCAACUAUAUUUAUUUUAUACCGGCUAGUAGUGACAGGUAUUGGCCGCAACAAGGGGCAUCCUUGCAGAGGAGGAGGUUAUCAUGGCGUGGAGCCAGAGGCUAUGGUGGCAGUGACCGAAGCGGUGGGACCGACGUCAACAAUGUCACCGUUAGUGGUGUUGCUGAAGGUGGUGGUUAUGGUGAUGGUAGUUGUUGUGGUGGCGUUAGAUGGUGCAUCGCCAGUGGUGGUGGUGGUGGUGUCGCAAUGGGGGUUUCGUCGGUUGUGGCUAGUCCUUGGUGGAUGUUGACAUGUAUCGGUGGUGGGUGUGUCAGCGGAUGCUCUAGUGGUGGUUGCAACGGUGGCCAACAUUAG